AUGUCCACUGGUAAGAGACACACCAAGACUCAAUCGAGUUACGCUUUCGAAAGUAGCACUUCUAAUGUUGCUGCUUCUCAAAUGAGAAAUGCUUUGAACAAGUUAGAUGAUACUAUGCCUAACGAUAAUGCUGCUAGUGCUAGAUUUCAAAAUGAAUUGGAUUCUUUCUUCACUUUAUUUAGAAGAUAUUUAAUUGAAAAAAACUCAAAGAAUAAACUGGAUUGGGAGAAGAUUAAAUCUCCAAACCCAGAAGAAGUUGUCGAAUACAAGAUCAUCGAGCAACAACCAGAAAAUGUCUCUAAUUUGUCAAAAUUGGCUGUCAUGAAGUUGAAUGGUGGUUUAGGUACCUCCAUGGGUUGUGUUGGUCCAAAAUCAGUUAUUGAAGUUAGAGAUGGCAACACUUUCUUGGAUUUAUCCGUCAGACAAAUUGAAUAUCUAAAUAGACAAUACGACAGCGAUGUUCCACUACUAUUGAUGAAUUCUUUCAACACUGAUAAGGAUACUGAACAUUUGAUUAAGAAAUAUUCUUCUAAUAGAAUUAGAAUUAAAUCUUUUAAUCAAUCGAGAUUCCCAAGAGUCUUCAAGGAUUCUUUACUACCUGUACCAAACGAUGUCAAUGACUCUUUGGACUCUUGGUAUCCUCCAGGCCAUGGUGAUUUAUUUGAAUCAUUAUAUGCCAGUGGUGAAUUAGAUGCUUUAAUCGAUCAAGGUAAGGAAAUCUUAUUUGUCUCCAAUGGUGAUAAUUUAGGUGCUACUGUUGAUUUGAAAAUAUUAAAUCAUAUGAUUGAAACAAAUGCAGAAUAUAUUAUGGAAUUAACUGAUAAGACAAGAGCCGAUGUUAAAGGUGGUACUUUAAUCUCCUAUGAUGACCAAGUUAGGUUAUUAGAAGUCGCUCAAGUUCCAAAAGAACAUAUCGAUGAUUUCAAGAAUAUUAGAAAAUUCAAAAAUUUUAACACAAAUAAUUUAUGGAUAAACAUUAAGGCUAUUAAGAGAUUAGUCGAACAAAACGCACUAGAAUUGGAAAUCAUUCCAAAUGAGAAGACAAUCUCAAGAAAUGGCCAUGAUGUUAAUGUCAUUCAAUUAGAAACUGCCUGUGGUGCUGCCAUUAGAUACUUCAAUGGUGCUCACGGUGUCGUUGUCCCAAGAUCAAGAUUCUUGCCUGUUAAGACUUGUUCCGAUUUAUUAAUGGUAAAGUCAGAUUUAUUCUACUUAGAACACGGUGCUCUAAAGAUUGAUCCAUCAAGAUUUGGUCCAAAUCCAUUAAUUAAAUUAGGUUCUCAUUUUAAAAAAGUUAAUGACUUCAACCAAAGAAUUUCACACAUUCCAAGAUUAUUAGAGCUAGAUCAUCUAACAAUCACUGGUAACGUCUACUUGGGCAAGAAUGUUUCAUUAAAGGGUACCGUCAUCAUUGUCUGUUCAGAUGGACAAAAAAUUGACAUUCCAAAUGGUUCCAUCUUGGAGAAUGUCGUUAUUACAGGUAAUUUACAAAUCUUAGAACAUUGA